GAGGUCCUGGGGCAGGGUUUGUGCACAUCUCUUACAAGGACGCAGUUCAGCCCUAGGGAGCAGGAUGGGAGGAGUACCAGGCUCCACCGGAGGCACUGCCACAGGUACCUCUGCUGUGGGCCUCCCGAUGGGCUGACUUCCGGUGACAGCCUGGAUGAACGGAAGGCAGAAUUCCUCCUGGCCUAGGCUGCUGGCAGUCCUGCUCUCGUCCUGCUGCCACAGGCCCCCCAACGGGCCUGGAGGUGCCUUGGCACAUGGUGGAAGACCAGCGCUUCACCCCGAUGCCCCAGCUCCUCUUCAGCAGUGCGCCCCCGGUCGUUGAAAACGGGUUGGACCACAGCCCUGUGGGCAGCAGGGCCUCCCCGGACUCUGAGCGCCGCGUGGCCCAUGGCUCCCUGGACUCCUGCAGCCGGCCCCUGUGCCAGCCCCAGGCCGAGAAGCACAACCGCCAGGCGGCUCUGGAGGUGCAGUAUGUUUCAGCGGAGCCCCAGGACACCGCGUGUGGCUGGCGGGGCUUCGCGCCCGAGUGCCUGCAGGUCUUCAACACCCCCAAGGGCUUCCUGCUCUUCCUGUGCACAGCCUCCUUCCUGCAGGGCAUGACGGUCAACGGCUUCAUCAACACGGUCAUCACCUCCAUCGAGCGGAGGUACGACCUGCACAGCUACCAGAGCGGGCUCAUCGCCAGCUCCUACGACAUCGCCGCCUGCUUCUGCCUUGCCUUCGUCAGCUACUACGGGGGCAGCGGACACAAGCCGCGCUGGCUGGGCUGGGGCAUGCUGAUCCUGGGCGCUGGGUCGCUGGUGUUCGCGCUGCCCCAUUUCAUCUCCGGCCGCUACGAGGUGGAGAUGGACGAGGGGGUGAGGACGUGCCCGGCCAACCGGAGCACAGUGUGUGCAGACAGCAUCUCGGGCCUGUCCCACUACUGGCUGGUCUUCAUGCUGGGCCAGUUCCUGCACGGCGUGGGCGCCACACCCCUCUACACCCUGGGUGUCACCUACCUGGACGAGAAUGUCAAGUCCAGCUACUCGCCUGUCUACAUCGCCAUCUUUUACACCGCGGCCAUCCUGGGCCCUGCCGCUGGGUACCUGAUUGGAGGUGCCAUGCUGAAUGUGUACGUGGAAGUGGGCCGGCGGACACACUUGACCCCUGAAAGCCCGCUGUGGGUGGGUGCCUGGUGGAUCGGCCUCCUGGGUGCUGGGGUGGCAGCCUUGCUCACCGCUGUCCCCAUCCUUGGCUACCCUCGGCAGCUGCCAGGCUCCCAGCACUAUGUCAUCAUGAGAGCGGCAGAGACACAGCAACUGAAAGAACAGGACCCCAAGACAGACAGCAGCCCGGCCUUCGGGGAGACCAUCAGAGACCUGCCCCUCUCCAUCUGGCUCCUGCUGAAGAACCCCACAUUCAUCCUGCUCUGUCUGGCAGGGGCCACAGAGGCCACGCUCAUCGCCGGCAUGUCCACAUUUGGCCCCAAGUUCUUCGAGGCCCAGUUCAGCCUCAGUGCCUCGGAAGCUGCCUCCUUGUUUGGGUACCUGGUGGUGCCGGCGGGCGGCGGCGGCACCCUCUUGGGCGGCUUCCUGGUGAACAGGUUUAAGCUUCGAGGCCCAGGGAUCAUCAGGUUCUGCCUGCUCUGCACCCUGAUCAGCCUGCUUGCCUUCUUCAUGUUCUUCAUGCACUGCCCGAAUGUGCCCAUGGCAGGUGUGACGACUGGCUACAACAACAGCCUCCAGCCCGAAGGCCACCUGAACCUGACGGCCACCUGCAAUGCUCACUGUCACUGUUCCCUGGAGCACUACAGCCCCGUGUGCGACUCGGAAGGCACCAUGUACUACUCCCCCUGCCACGCGGGGUGCCUGGCUGGCCAGAAGGCUCCUCAGGUGUACCAAGACUGUAGCUGUGUCCCCACGAGUUUGGGCAAUGCCACUGCAGGGAAAUGCACUUCAACUUGUCAGAGAAAGCCCCUCCUUCUGGUUCUCCUGUUCGCUGUAAUUAUCUUUACAUUCCUCAGCAGCAUUCCUGCGCUGACGGCCACUCUACGGUGUGUCUGUGACCAGCAGAGGUCCUUCGCCCUAGGAAUCCAGUGGAUCUUUGUUAGGACCCUAGGCAGCGUCCCGGGACCCAUCGCCUUUGGCUGGGUGAUUGACAAGGCCUGCCUGCUGUGGCAAGACCAGUGCAGCCAGCCGGGCUCCUGCUUUGUGUACCAGAAUUCAGCCAUGAGUCGCUACAUGCUGAUCGUGGGGCUCUUGUACAAGGUGCUGGGCUUCCUGUUCUUCGCCGUGGCCUGCGUACUGUACAAGUCUCCGCCUGGGUCCUCGGACGACCUGGAAGCUUCUCUGCCCAGCCAGUCGUCGGCCUCUGAAAACCCCGCAGACAGCCAGCUCCAGAGCGAUGUCUGAUCCCGCCAGCUGGUGGACUCCCAGGCUGACAGGAGCCACAGUGCCAUGGCAGUAUCGCGGCUCUUGGAAGGGCUGACCGCUCGACGAGGCCCCAGCACUGAGGACCUGGGGAGACCGUGCACUGGAUUCUGGGGCCUGGGGAGCCACCCCAAGGUCACAGCUGAGCCAUGCAUUGUGGGGAUCAGAGGCUUGAAACACUAUGGAGCAACCACCAGGCAGAUAUGAAAUGCACAUGUCCCUCCCGGCCCGCAUCUCUGAGGGCCUGUCCUGUCCUGCUGCCUGCCUGGCCCCGGUGUCCCAUGGCGCUUCUGAAUCCCCAGUACUGAGAGAGAGAAGGAGAGAGAGAGAGAGAGAGAGAGAGAGAGAGGGAGAAAGAGAGAGAGGGAGAAAGAGAGAGUGUGUUUAUACCUGAUGGUGCCCUGUGUGUCAGGAAAGUGAGCCAGUGCUGUGACUCCUACCUGGCAGGUGCUGGCCAGUCCUGGGACAGUGUCAUCGGUCACGUUUAUCCAUGUGUAAAUAUAUUUUAAUAUUUAAAGCUCA